CUUCAAACUCGAGAUUGUGGCUUGUGUGUUGACUGUGUUGUGUUAGCGUCCUCGGAUAAUUUUCUUAAUUUUGGGAAUUAAAUACACCAUUUUUGUGACUGGAGUUGUAUAAAUCACCGCAAAAAUGGCUAUUAGAACCUACGGCGAUAAGCCGAUAAGUUUUCAGAUUGAAGAGGGUGGAGAAUUCUAUUGCGUUGGGUCUGAGGUGGGUAACUACCUGAGGCUCUUCCGAGGGUCUUUGUACAAGAAGUACCCGGGCAUGGUGAGGAGGACCCUGACCAAUGAGGAGAGGAAACGCCUCGUCGACAACGGCCUCGGCCAGCACGUCUUGUCUAGCUCAGUGUCUCUGCUGAAAGCUUCGGAAGUCGAGGAUAUUAUAGAAGGGAAUGAUGAUAAAUACAAAGCGGUAUCGGUCAGCCAGGAGCUGGCGACCCCGCGCGAGAGCAAGAGCAAGAAGACGCAGAACCCGUCGUGGAUGCCCGUGAUGCCCAACUCCACGCACCUGGACGCCGUGCCGCAGGCCACGCCCAUCAGCCGCUCUAGAGUGCAUAACAAGAAGGUGCGUACGUUCCCCCUCUGCUUCGAUGACACGGACAUGGCGGCCAUGCUGGAGAACGCGUCGCAGAAGCAAGUGCUGGUGCCCGUCAGACUCGACAUGGAGAUCGAGGGGCAGAAGCUCAGGGACACCUUCACCUGGAACAAGAAUGAAUCAAUAAUAACCCCGGAGCAGUUCGCCGAGGUGCUCUGUGACGACCUGGAACUGAACCCGGCCACGUUCAUCCCGGCCAUCGCCAGCUCCAUCCGCCAGCAGACCUCGCUGUUCCCCAGCGAGCCGCCGCCCAUACUGCAGGAGCACAGCGACCAGCGCGUGCUGAUCAAGCUGAACGUGCACGUCGGCAACACGUCGCUCGUGGACCAGGUGGAAUGGGACAUGUCCGAGAAAGAGAACAACCCGGAACAGUUCGCCAUGAAGCUCUGCGCGGAGUUGGGCCUCGGCGGGGAGUUCGUGACGGGCGUGGCGUACAGCGUGCGCGGGCAGCUGGGCUGGCACCAGCGGACUUACGCCUUCAGUGAGGCGCCGCUGCCGGUGGUUGAGACGCCAUACCGCCAGCCCUCAGAAGCAGAACAAUGGGCCCCGUUCCUCGAGACCCUCACUGAUGCAGAGAUGGAGAAGAAGAUCAGGGACCAGGACCGCAACACGCGCCGCAUGCGCCGGCUCGCUAACACCACGCCCGAUGUGAAUUUGGGCCGCGCCGUCAACAGAAUGAUUCGUGGGGACGAGUCCUUCCAGAGCACUCCGGAGCAGAAGAGGAGGAAAAAGAUAUAAACAGACAAUUACUGGCAACACCGCGCCCGGCCGCUAGCAUUUAUUGCGUCUGGCAACCCCCGGAAAAAUGUAGAAAGGGCGGGAGGUUAGGUUAGGUUAGUUUGUAAGAUGAGAUUUUUGUAAUAGUGUUAUUCUAAAUGACGACCUGGGUCUGUAAUGUAUUGCAUUUUGAAAAAUGUAGAGAUAUUCACACAUUCCUUUGAAAGAUCUGGCUUUGUUUAAAAAGUAAGAAUAUGUCUUCAGGUUCAACAUUCAGUCCAAGUGUAUCACAUAGAAGAGUGAAAUUAAUUAACAUACUUCAUAAUGAGCUAGAAUUUUAAAAAAAUAUACUUAAUUAAUAAUUGUACUUUCUAUAAGUAUUCCAUCAAUAAAUGAUUGAAAAAUA